AUGACUGCGCUCACAAUGUCAUCGUCAACACCAUUUCGGAUCAUUAUUGUGGGCGGUGGUAUCGCAGGAUUGGCAGCAGCUAUAGCCCUUCGGAAGGACAGUCGACAGAUUACGAUCCUCGAACAAUCUCGUCUCAGCGCAGAGAUCGGCGCUACGAUCUCACUACAACCCAAUGCCACAAGGAUCCUAGAACAGUCGUGGGGAUUAACAGAUCUGCUCAACGGCUCGAACGGCACGGUCGACCACGGAUUCAGGAUCUACAAUGCUGACGGCAAGAUGGUGAAUGAAAUACCUCUACGGAGCAAGACGCAGUAUGGCGCAGACCGCAUCAUGUGGCACCGCGAAGAUCUCCACGCCUAUCUCAAGAAGGCAGCUACAUCCAUCGAACGGGACGGCCAGCCUGCAAUACUGCGUACUUCGGCACGAGUAUCUCGGUGUGACUGUGAAGGAGGCAAAGUCAUACUUGAGAGUGGUGAGCAUUUAGAAGCAGACCUUGUCAUUGGCGCGGAUGGCAUUCACAGUGCUCUACGUACUUCUAUACUCGGUCGAGAGGCUCAUCCCAAGCCCACAGGUUCCUCGGCAUACCGGCUUAUGCUGCCAACUGCGAUUCUGAACGAGCGCGCGCCUCAAUUCUCCGAAAACAUCAAACCAGAGGAGCCCUAUACUUCUAUGAUCAUGGCACACUCCUGUCGACUCAUCAUGGGUCCUGCACGCGGCGGAUCACUUUACAGUAUCGUUGGACUGGUACCGGACGAGCAGAUGAACGAGAAUUCCGACGAAGCGCAGUCGUGGGUGACGAAAGGACACCCUGAAAAGAUGUUGGAAACAUUCAAGGAUUUCCCCGGCUGGACCAAAGAUGCACUCCGGAAUGCCGAAAGCAUCGGUCUCUGGCAGCUACGCGAUUUGGAUCCGCUAGAUAAAUGGCACUCUGGACGCGCGAUUAUCAUUGGGGAUGCCGCGCACGCUAUGCUACCGACUCAAGGCCAAGGUGCAAGCCAAACCAUUGAGGACGCCGAAGCUUUAGGAACGCUCUUCAGUCACAUCAUCGGCAGGCCAUCCAAGGACGAAGUGUCUUCGAUCCUAGAAGACGUCUUCAAAAGUAGACACGAACGUGCAAGCUUGAUACAGCGAUUCAGCCGCGAAGCUGCGAAGCCUGCAACGGAACGAGGCAGCAAUGUGAUCAAAAUGCACCCUGAUGAAUUCAUGGAUUACAACUGCACCUAUCGGGGAGUGCAUGAUUGGGAGCAAAGGCGUUCUAUGUCAGCAAUAACGGUUGGUCUCAAAACAACAGCAGUGGCUUAG